AUGGCCUCUGCUGCUGUUAUUGGACUCAGUGCAGGAAAGAGGCUAUUUAGUUCCUUCUAUUAUUCUGAUCUCAUGGAAAAGCUGUCAUGUGGUUACGAUUACGGAUCAACAUACUAUCAGGCUGCUACAACAAAGAAUGUUAACACAACAAAUAAGUCCUCCAAUAAUAGCACUAGUUUUUUGUCCAACCAACACACACGGUCCUUAAAAGCUCAAAAAGAACAUGUGAAUACUGUUUCUGAACCUUCAAUUGCUGAGGUGUGGCUUCAAAGAUUGAACCACUUGGAGGAGGACAGAUCUCAUUCGGAAUUUUCAGUGGAGGCUCUUCUCUUGUUACAGAAGUCAAUGCUGGAAAAGCAAUGGAAUCUUUCAACUGAGACAGUAAUAACUGAUGGAAAAAGAGAAAAUACUCACAAGAAGAUGCAGGUCACUGGUUCAGGGACAUCUGCUUGCAGGCGGAGAAUAGAUACUAGGAGGAAAGUUCUGAGGCAAAACUGUUCCAUGAUUCGACUUAGUACAAGUAAGCAGCUAAAAUGCAUUAUCAGGCCAGAGCUGCUUCAGAACUGUUUGAAAGGAUAUGUGAAGGGAGUAAUAAGUGAGGAAUUGCUCACCCAUUCAGAAGUAGUGCAAUUACCUAAAAUAAUAAAAACUGGCCUUUACUUAGAGGAGCAAAAAUUGAGGUAA